CGGCCGGCUGGUUGAGGCGAGGGAGGGCGACGAAGGGACUUCCGUUUCCUUCGAGGCCGGGGCCCGGCGCACGGCGGAGUUGGUAUCUGCAAGUUGGGGCUCGGGUCGUCCCUCCUCCGGGACCCUCCCUCGGGACCGAGCUGAUCGCCCCUGGCGGCUGGGGCGGGCUCCCUAGGCUUGGUCACAGUAGGCUUGAACUCACUUUAUAGCCCAGGUUGACCUCAAAGUUGCAGUGACCUUCCUGCCUCAGCCUCCUGAGUGCUGGGAUUACAGAAAAGUGGACGAGUCUUCUUUUCAAGAGAAGAUGACGUUUAACAGUUUUGAAGGAUCUAACACUUACGUGCCUGCAGACAUCAAUCAGAAUGGAGAAUUUGUAGAAGAGUUUAAUAGGUUAAAAACUUUUGCUAAUUUUCCAAGUAGUAGUCCUGUUUCAGCAUCAACACUGGCACGAGCGGGUUUUCUUUACACUGGUGAAGGAGACACUGUGCGCUGCUUUAGUUGUCAUGCGGCAGUAGAUAGAUGGCAAUAUGGAGACUCCGCAGUUGGGAGACACAGAAAAGUGUCCCCAAAUUGCAGAUUUAUCAAAGGAUUUUAUUUUGAAAAUAGUACUGCACAGCCUACAAAUCCUGGUGUCCAAAAUGGUCAGUGCAAAGCUGAAAACUGUCUGGGAAGCAGAAAUCAUUUUGCUGUAGACAAAUCACCUGAGACUCAUGCAGACUAUCUUCUAAGAACUGGACAGGUUGUAGAUAUAUCAGAUACUAUAUACCCAAGGAAUCCUGCCAUGUGUAGUGAAGAAGCUAGAUUAAAAUCAUUUCAUAACUGGCCAGACUAUGCCCACUUAACUCCCAGAGAGUUAGCUAGUGCUGGACUCUACUACACAGGUAUUGAUGAUCAAGUGCAGUGCUUUUGUUGUGGUGGAAAACUGAAAAAUUGGGAACCUUGUGAUCGUGCCUGGUCAGAACACAGACGACAUUUCCCAAAGUGCUUCUUUGUUUUGGGUCGGAACAUUAAUGUUCGAAGUGAAUCCGAUGUGAGUUCUAAUAGGAAUUUCCCAAAUUCAACAAUUCCUCCAAGAAAUCCAGCCAUGGCAGAGUAUGAAGCCCGGAUCAUUACUUUUGGGACAUGGACGUAUUCAGUUAAUAAGGAGCAGCUUGCAAGAGCUGGAUUUUAUGCUUUAGGUGAAGGUGAUAAGGUAAAGUGCUUUCACUGUGGAGGAGGACUAACUGAUUGGAAGCCAAGUGAAGACCCUUGGGAACAACAUGCUAAGUGGUAUCCAGGGUGUAAAUAUCUUUUGGAAGAGAAGGGACAAGAAUAUAUAAACAAUAUUCAUUUAACCCAUUCACUUGAGGAGUCUUUGGUAAGAACUGCGGAAAAAACACCAUCACUAAUGAAAAGAAAUGAUGAUACAGUCUUCCAGAAUCCCAUGGUACAAGAAGCUAUACGAAUGGGAUUCAGUUUCAGGGAUAUUAAGAAAAUAAUGGAGGAAAAAAUUCAGACGUCUGGGAGCAAUUACGUAUCACUGGAGGUUCUAGUUGCAGAUCUAGUGAGUGUUCAGAAAGAUAAUACACAAGAUGAAUCAAGUCAGACUUCAUUGCAGAAAGAUAUUAGUACCGAGGAGCAGCUAAGGCGCCUACAAGAAGAGAAGCUUUGCAAAAUCUGUAUGGAUAGAAAUAUUGCUGUAGUUUUUAUUCCUUGUGGACAUCUGGUCACUUGUAAAGAGUGUGCUGAAGCAGUUGACAAAUGUCCUAUGUGCUACACAAUCAUUACUUUCAAGCAAAAAAUUUUUAUGUCUUAAUCACACUCCACAGUAAGCAUGUUAUGUUCUCCUUAUUUUUUAAAUGUUCUCCUUAUUAUCCUGAUUGAAUGUGUGAUUUGAAGGAACUUUAAGUAAUCAUCAUUGAAUUCCAUUAGCAUUUGCUACCAACUAGAAAAAAAAUGUAAACCUUUUAGUUGGCAGUAUAAGCUUUGAAUUUCUGGAUUUUUUAAGUUAUUAACUGAUAUCAUUUAUCCAAUUUUUUAUUUUAUUCAAUUGAAACUAGACUCAAAAGGAUCAUACUAUAACUAAUACUAUGUAUUUGUAGUACACUGACUUAGUUUCUAAAGUGUAAGUGAAUUAAUCAUCUGAAUGUUUCAUUCUUUUCAGAUAGGCUUAACAAAUGGACCAUUCUGCAUAAACAUCGGGAUUAUAGUUAAUCUCUUCAGUCACAUAAUUUGUUUUGUGUGAAAAAUGAAUGAACUGUUCCACACUGGUGGAAAGAUAGGGAUUAUUUUUAGAUAUUUGUCUUCAUGUGUUAGGAUUCUGUCUAUUUUAUUUUAAAAUCACAAAUGUGUAAAUGAUUUUAAAAGGUGAUUUUGCCAUUUCUGAAAUGGUAUUUAAUGAUAGAAUGUCCUCUAGGCAACAUGUACUGACAUUGAUGUUAAAAGAUACGUUAAGUGUGAAAUGCAAGUGGCAAAGUACUGUGUUUAAUAUGAGCCAAAUCAAGGUACGUUAUUUUGUAUCUAUAAUAGAAAGAUUUGGAAAGAUAUAUGCACCAAAUUGUUAAGUGUUGUUUUUCUUGAGGGGUUGGGGUUGGUCCCAGAGGGAUCUUUGGGGGCCCUUCAUUGUCUUUUUAUUUUUGUUUUGUUCUGUUUGAAAUUUUUAUAAGUAUGUGUUACUUUUGUAAUCAGAAUUUUUUUAGAAAGUAUUUUACUGAUUUAAAGGCUUAGGCAUGUUCAAACGCCUGUGAAACUACUUAUUGCUCAGCUUUAGUUUUUCUAAUCCAAGAAGGCAGGGAAAUUAAACUUUUGGUGCCAAUAUAAAAUUUAAAUGUUUGUAGGUUUUACCUGCUUUUCUGGAUGAAAAAUAUUUCUGAGUGGUAGUUUUCUGACAGGUAGACCAUGUCUUAUCUUGUUUCAAAAUAAAUAUUUCUGAUUUUGUAAAAUGAAAUAUAAAAUAUGUCUCAGAUCUUCCAAUUAAUUAGUAAGGAUUCAUCCUUAAUCCUUGCUAGUUUAAGCCUGCCUAAGUCACUUUACUAAAAGAUCUUUAUUAACCCAGUAUUUUAAACAUCUUUCAGCUUAUGUAGGUAAAAGUAGAAGCGUGUUUGUACCCUGCUUGUAGUUAUAGUGACAGCAUUCCAUGUUGAGACUUUCAUGGCAUCUUGUACUUUGAAGUUUCAUGUGAGUUUUUAAUGUUAGGAUGAUUAACAUGUGUAUAGGACAAAAUGUUAAAUCUUUACCUACUUUUUUUGUUUUCUUGACUAGUAAUAGUAGUAGAUACCUUUAAGAAUGUACUCUUCAAGAUGCUUAAAAUCUCUUGGAAAUAAUAAAAUAGUAACAGAAAAAUAGUUGUCUUAAAUAUUUUUAAUAACUUAAAUAUGAGUUAAUAUGAAAGUUUAACAGUGCUUCAUAGAAUAUCUGAAAUGUACAUUCUCACAACAGACUUAUUUAAUAGCAAGUAGGGCAUUUUACUGCAGAGAACUGUUUGAGAGUAAAAAUGUUCAAAAUUAUGUUUUUGUUAUCUUUUCCAAGAGAAAGAGUAUUGUUGUGUUCUCCUAACCUGUUAACUGCUGUUAAAUGGUACUCGUAUAAAACAUUGCAAAUUUAAGUGAGAAUUGCAAAAAUUAAAUAAUGACUACCCUACUUUUAUUGUGUAAAUCUCACUCCUUUGCACUGUCUUCCAUUUAGGUUUGCUUAUACAUUCAUUAAGUUGAAUUUGAUCUGUAUAGGCAAAGCUUUAAAUUUAUAUUUAAAGCAUUCUAUAAAGGGAGAAAGGUAUUAAAUUUUUAAGUGUUUUCUCCAGGACAGUUCAGGUCCAAGUCAGCUAGGUAGUAGAAUCGAGUUGUUAGCCAAGGGUGGAACUGAAUUGUUUUCAACAAAAGGCUUUUACUGUUCUGGAAACCUCAGUUCAUUAAAGCUCUUGUUUUAAAACAUGUGUUUAGAGUUAAGCAAGGCCUUUUUCUUUCUCCAUGAGUUGUGAAAUUUAAUGCAUGAAGCUGAUGUGGCUAACAAGUUUAUUUUAAGAAUUGUUUCAAAAUGCUGUUGCUUCAGCAAUCCAACUUCUAAUCAAAUUUUUUGGAGACCUACCAGAAUUUGCCUGGAUUCACACUACAAAAAAGCAUUGGAUCUUUUCCAUUUAAUAGUACAAAAACUGAUCACUUACGAGGUCAAAAAUACAGCCAAGAUCCAAAUCACCACCCUCCUCUCCACAAUAGUUCUCAGUAGCUCCAUGCAAUACAUUUCUUUUCUGUAUAAAGUUCACUUUAUGACUUUGAAUUUAGCACCUAUUUUACUACAUUUUAGUGACGAGAAGGUUGAAGUUAUUUUGUAAUAAAUACUUAUCUUUAGAUGCAAUAGUGUUCUGAUCAAAUAUUUUGCUUUUUGAGAAAUGAUUUUAGGAUUUAUAAACUAAAUUUCAGUUUACUCAUUAAUGAUUUUGUAUUGCCUUUCCUGCUAGAUUAGGUUUCCCCCCUCUCUUUGCUUAGGGCUGAGCUGGGGUGGGGUGAGUGUAACAGGUGUAUGUAACAUAUUUUGGCCAUGUGUAUGAUGAUAUUUGUUGCAUUUGUUGUAUUUAAAUUUGGGUAGUUUUUCUGUUUUCAUCUUAGUGGAUAAAAAUUUAUAUUUUGAACUCUGAAUGAAAUCUACCUGCCUAGUGUUAAUUGUAUAUAUUGUUUCCUUUAGACCCAAAGCAUUGUUUUAUUACUGAUUACCCAAAUGUUGAUUGAGGAAAGAGGUGAAGGGAAUGGAAAAAAUGGGAAAGUUGUAUGUCAUUGCCAUUAGAGAACUCAGAAAAUGGGAAGUAAUAUAUGAUAAACAUAGUCCUUUUUGGUCAAAUCUGCUGUUUAAAAGAAGAUAGUCGUUUUUUCAUCUGUGAACUGAAAAUAAUACCUGUCAUCCAAGGUAAUGAGAUUCAAGGAGAUCAUGCCUCUAAAGCAUCUGAUAUAAAUGUUAAUUCCCCUCCUAAUACUCUUUUAUCUUUCCAUGGGUUUGUCUUGACCCAGAAAAUUAGAAACUUAGAAACAAGUGUUACCCAGUAACUCAUGGUAAUUAUUAUCAUUUUGGUGUUUCUUAUAGUGAAGAUACAAAUUACAGUAAAUAGGUCAAAUUCUUAAAAAUAUUUACAUUUUUAAAAAUUUUUUUCAACUCAGUUAUUCUUACCAAAUUCAGUGUAGCUUUUCUAAAACAAAUUGACUUAGUUCUACCUAAUAAUCAGUUUUAAUUUGUCUCAUACACUUAAUAUAAUGUGGAUUUCUGUCAGCGUGAUGGAAUCAUACAUGGCAGAGCUGUGAGUGACUUUAGAGUAUCUAAUUCAUCCCUUUCAUUUUACAGGUCAAGCAACUGAGGCUCAAGGGAGAGUUAACUUACCCAAAACUAUUAGCUAAUUUGUGGCAGAAACCUGACUGGGACAUAAUUUGAAGGUGAAAAUUUUCACCAACCUAUCUGUCCUGGGAAGUCUCAUGUUUAUUUUUUUUAAGUAUUAUUUCCACUAUAUCAUAACUUUCACUACAUACUAAAUGACACUUUAUAAUUGAUACAGUAGGACAAUCUUAAAUACAUAUAUCUUCAAAUUAGAUAAUACUACAUUAGUGUUUGGGUAGCAAGAGGCUAAUUUGAAGCGUGAAGUUUGCAGAGAUACAUACAGAUCUUUGACUAUUACCACAUGAAUAUUAUGUAUCAUUUAAUGUAACAUUUAAAACUACUAUGUAAAAAACAGGCAUAGUGGCACACAUCUGUAAUGCCAGCACUGGAGAGGCUGAGGCAAGAGGUUCACAGGUUUGAGGCCAGCCUGGGCUAUACAGUGAGUUCAAGGGCAGCCUGCACUACCAAGAAAGACCUUGUCUCAAAAAAAUUACUAUGUAAAUAUAUUUUACCAUUUUGUCCAGACUUACAAAUCUGAAAUUUUAUGUGCUAUAGCAGUCUUCAAUAUAAUUUGUUAGAUUUAACAUUUUUCAUUACUGUGACACAAAAAAACUUCACAGAACAACUGAUUAUUAUGUCAUUAUAUUAGUAUUGUGAAUAAUUAUGUGAAAUGUUUUGAGACAGAGUACUAUAUUUGUGAAUAUAAUUUUAUGGCUUUUAUUUCAUUUAGUAGGAACCUUUCCAUUAGUAUGGAAAACUAAGAGAAUUGAUUUCUGCUGUAUAAUCUGGCAUUUGUUGUAGAUUAAAGCUUAUUUUUCUGUGAAUGAAACAUACUCAAUAAAGUACUAUUCUUUAAAAUUA